AUGGCCGUCGUUCUACCCUCCGACGACAACGACUAUUUCGCCGCGUCCUCCCUGAGGCGCUCGCACUCCCAGUCCAACUUCAUGUCAUCAUCUGCAGCUUUCUCUUCGACCUCUCGUCUUAGCGAUCACUAUAAAUCCGUCUCCAAGUCAUACGCCACUUCCAACUCGUCCUCUGCUCCCUCAUCUCCCCGUACUAUCCACGCCGACUCCGCCGACCUUUCCUACGCAUCCACUCCUGCCACCAAUCUCUCCAUUGCCUCAGAUUACGACGACCCCCUUGGCCUUUCGGAAUCGCCUGAAGACCACUUCAUGUUUCCCACUUUUGGACAAGAAAAGCUCUAUGUUCACCCUGAGAUCCGCCCGGAAAUUCACCAUGACGACAACCUAGAGCCACCCCCCAGUCCUCGAACCGGUGAUUCCUAUACAGUCUCACCUGCGGACCAUGAGAACUCGGAAGAGAGCUCCAACGAUACCUCAAGACCAGACACUCCUGAUCAAGCUGAGCAUGCGGAGGAUGACACAGCUGUCUCGAGCAGACCUUCUCGCCAAGUCGACUACCUAUCCCAUGAGUGGAAGGAGGAAGAUAUCUGGUCGUCAUGGCGAUACGUCGUGACGCGACGUGGAGAAUUUGCCAACAGCGCGCGGUUAGAAAAUGCUUCCUGGAGAACGUGGAUGAAGGCCAAGAACAACCUCAAAACCAUUUCUCCCGAGUCGCUCAAUUGGCUCAAGGACUGCGAUGUGACUUGGCUCUAUGGCCCUCUGCAGUCGGGCCAAAAGGCCCUGCACUCUACUCAGACCGAGCCCUCCAGUGUGUCAUUGUCCAAGACUGACUCAUUUGUGAACCUUUCCAAGAAGCCAAUCCUGAAGAAGCGGAGCAUGUCUGAAGUGAUGCUUCAGCGAUCAUUAUCAACAGCUUCUCUGCUCAAGCAAGCCACAGCGGCUGUCAAGGCACAGGAGACUAGAGGAAUCCUACGACCUCAUCUCGGGCGUUCAACAACCGACUACCUGGCCUACCCAUUCCCAGCGAGACGGUUAAGUGGGGAGAGCAGCAGCGUCGCUCCCUCGACUGAGUCAUCUGGAAUCACAUCUCCCAACUCGGAGCGAAAGCACAUUCACUUCAAUGAACAAGUCGAGCAAUGCAUUGCUGUCGAUGUUAAGGGCGACGACGAUGAGGACGUGGAUACGGACCGCUUUGGAGAGGACAGUGAUUCAGACGACGGUGUGAUGAUGAAGCGUAUGAAGACGAAGAAGCGACCAAUCCUCCGACGCAAGACUAUCAAGGCUAAGCCUACCGAGGGAAAGACGAUUGCUAUGCUGCCGUCGACCACACUCAAGUACCGGGAAGACACUCCCGAACCACGAGAGACAGCUAUGAAGCACUCUCGAAGCCCGAUCAUGUCCCCUUCAUCUUCACAAGAGACACUUCGACCCUCGAGGCAGUCUGGCAAGUUCUUCAUGGGUGAGGAUGAUGACGAAGACAGCUUCGACGAUGCGCUGCUCAGCAGCCCCAGCCCUGGCUGGUCAUCACCCGCAGAGAAGUCCAAUGGCGGCCUUCACAGGUCGAUUUCCUCUGGUAGCCUGUGCGAGGAACCUGCUGGCAUGCGACGAACGCCUUCGGGCAUGUUCAUGCCGUACGAGGAGGGAGAGACAGCAUCAGCUGACGGCAUCUUCGGCCGUGUUAUCGACACAGUUAACACCGCUCGCGACAUCGCCCACGUCAUCUGGAACGUCGGCUGGAGGAAGUAA